ACCCAUCUCAGCUUGUGGCCUCUAAAGAAUCAAAUCAAAUCCCCCCCCCCCCCCCCCUUCUCCCAGUUUAAUUAGCUGCAAUGGAUGCUAGGCUUCUUGUUUUUGUUGCUACUACUUUGUUCAUGGCCUCACUUUCUCAUGGAACCACCAAGUCAUCAGCUACGAUUGUUGUUAUGGGUGUUGUUUAUUGUGAUACCUGCUCCAACAAUACUUUCUCUAGACACAGUUACUUCUUACCAGGUGUGAAAGUUCAUGUGGACUGCGAAUUGAAUGCAAACUCACCAACAACCACAGAGCGGCUCUCCUUCUCAGUUAACAGAACAACAGAUAGAUUUGGUGUUUACAAGUUGGAGAUCGCCUCUGUUGAUGGGUUUCAGUGUGCAGAAAGUUCUACAAUUCAGACAUUUUGUAAAGCAAGCUUGAUUGGCAGCUCAACUUCUUCCUGCAAUGUUCCUGGGUUGAAGACCACAGCACAAGAGAUGGUAAUCAAGUCAAAACAGGUCAAUCUCUGUAUUUACAGUUUGGGUGUCUUGAACUACAAACCACCCAUGAGAAAUAAAGUGUUGUGUGGAAACUAGAGAGAAGACCUCCAAUAUCCUUAAAAAAACAAAAAAGGUUUUUCAUAUGCCUUACUUGGUACCAUUUGGUUUUCCUUUGCCUCCUUUCCAUAGAUUUCCACUUUUUCCAGCCCUGCCUCUACCUCCCUCUCUGCC